GGUAGUUUUUUAUCUGCAGUGCCAUGUCACAAAAGCCAUCCCACCUCGCAAGAUGUCUCUUUUUUCAUGACUAGUUUUUCCAUUUGCGAACAUCGAGUUUUUUUUUUUCUUUCCUUUCAAAUACUUUGGCUUGAAAGUGUUUUUCUGGCCUUCGAGACAACUUAGCCGAAGGCAUAAAAUUUAUUUUAGUUAUUCGCAUACCGCUGGAACUCACCGCUUCAUACCUUCGGUAUACCCAAGUUCGAACAUAUCCGUUCUAGCAUAGUGGAUAGUUUGUCACUUUACAUUCCGAAUUUUUAUAGGACCCUAUCAUCCCGCAUUCUUACCGAUUUCUCCUUGUGACGCUUCUAAGUCCGUUAAUCAAAUUGCUCGUCGACGGCCAUAUCCGCCGUCAUGGCGUCGGCCGAUACGCUAUCGGCGCCCGGGUCGGCGACCUAUGCCUCGGACACGAUGGUGGUCGGAGAUGGAACUUGGGACUUCACCAAGAAUACUUUCCUGCUGCCGAACCUGGCCGGACUUAACUUCGAGACUAUGCGAUUCAAUGGCAUGGGCAACCGCUUUGCAACGGUAGAACAAUAUCACCAAUUGGUAACAGGUCAUGGUGUUCUUGCCGUCAUAACAUUUCUCUUCAUCGUACCGGCUGCCGUUAUGUACGCGCGAUUUCGGCCGUAUGGCUCUCUUAUUCGUCUGCACGCAUACUUAAACAUUCUCGCUGUCGGUCUCAGCACGGUUGUAUUUGUGCUCGGAUGGUUUGCCGUGGGCCCUAAUCGAAGCUUAACGAACCCCCAUCAUGGGAUUGGGCUUGCUAUAUAUGUCAUGAUUCUAGUCCAAAUUAUUGGGGGCCGCAUAGUGAAGAAUAUCCGAAGGAAGUCGUUUAGGCUCAUGCUUCAUCGUUGGCUAGGUCGAGCUAUAGCGAUCUUGGGCAUCAUUCAAAUCCCUCUUGGUCUUACUCUCUAUGGAUCUCCCUUGUUCACCUUCGUUUUAUAUGCCGUGUGGAUGGCAUUCCUAUUGCUCGUAUACUUCAUCCUUAGUUGGCGCCAUGAAAGCGACCGCGAUCGAGAUGACUUGACGAGUUAUGUUGGGCGCUCCGAAACUGGAUUUACAGAAUCAGAACGCAAAUCCGGACGGGGAACAGGAUGGUUAGGUCCACUCGUCGCAGGGGCUGGGAUCUGGGCGCUUUUACGAGGGAGAAAACACCGCGAAAUGGACGAGGAACGAAGCACUAGCGUAUCGCAGCCACGAAGUCGUCCACCUGAGGUGAUACCGUCCCAGAGAGGCUCUGCAAGCUAUUUCGAGGACGAAAAAAUCUCGGAAAGGACCGAUCGCCAUGAAAGAGGCGUAUCGAAUUGGCUUGUCGCCUUGGCUGGCUUCUUCGGAGCCAGAUCGCUAAUUAAAGGUGCCCGGGAUAAAAGAGAAAAGCGAAGAUAUAACGACGAGGAAUAUUCGGCUGUCGCGACUGAUACGCCUAGUCGGUUUAGCCGCCCUAGCCGGGUCCGAAAGAGUGCUACUGACGGGUAUACAGAGAGUGAGUUUAGUGAGGAUCGGACAGAACUUCACGCUCGCCCAAGACCGCAUACUCCACUACUCCCGGGCCCUGGCCAUCCUCCUGCUACAACAAUCUUAAGCGCUAGCACUGAGCCUGUGACGCCGCGCGCAUCUCAUCCCCGACCACCGAUUACAGAGAGUAGUUACAUUUCAGAUUAUUCGUCGUACGUGAGCCCAUCAAGGCGGCCUAUUGACGACGAGGAGAGCAAAGCAGGAGGGGGCAUUCUUGCUGCUAUCGGAUUGGGCUGGUUGGCAAAGAAGAUGAGAGGAGAUGGCCACACGGAAGAAGAACGCCGUAAAAUGGAGGACGAAAGACGAGACGGACGUCACGGGUCAAAAUACACGGGUGACGGAUAUAAUACACCAACUAAACCAGGACGACGCCGGGUACCGCCCACCGCUCCAACAGCCACAACUUUGACAUACGAAACGGAGUCAUCAAUGCUUGAAGAUCGUCCUCCAGGAACAAGUACUAUCGGUCCACCAAUGCCACCCCUUGGUGCGCGAGGGGGUGCGCCUCCAGUACCAGUACCAGUUUCUGCUCCUGGUUCUCGUUCAAAUUCGCACCCGCGUUCACAGCCACACUCGCAGCCCCAUUCGCAUUCGCGCUCGCACUCGCGGUCAAGGUCGAGAUCUAAGAGUGUUAUCACUGAUCCUGUUUCUAUGCCAUCUAUGCCACCAGACCCUCACGGAGUUCUUCAUCCCCUACAUCCAGGGUCCGGCACCGAGUCUUACUCAUCUGCUGGAAACGGGACAUAUAGGCCAGAUGAUUCCCGCCGUCGCAGAGAAGCAGAAGAAGCAGCCAUGGCAGCCGCCGCUAGCGCAGCUGGUCUGGCUGCAGAGGAAGAGGAACGUCGUCGCAGGGAUCGUAGCCAAGUGUCCAGUCAGCCGCUAGGCGUGAAAGUGAAAUAUCACGACGACCGAGAUAGGAACAUCACAUUGCGCCGUAUUACACAAGAAGAAGCGGCGGCAGAGAACCGACAUAGGAGUAGAUCUGAUUCUAUCAGCACUUUCUCGGAGAGCGAAGCACCACCCAGCCGUCAACGAUACCGACGCGACUCAAGCUCGCACAGGACUGCAGAAGAAGCUGGAGCGGAGGGAUUAGUUUCUGAAUCGAUGUCUCCCCCGACGCCUGUUAUGGCUGGAAGACGUGGAGGUAAGGAUUCGGCCUAUUACUCUGGCCAGCCAGGACCUUCUGGAGGACCAUUAGGCGCACCGACUGUUUCCAGUUUAGAGACUCCGGCACCAAGUCGUGCGACAUGGAGCGCGAUAACCCCCUCGCCAGCAGGCCCAGCAGAUUCGAUAGCUCCAUCAGCUGCGGAUCGAAGACGAAGAAGACGCCAAGAGCGAAGAGAUCAGAGACCUACGGAUACCGUCGAAUUCGAUUAAAGGUCUUGGGGAUCCUUAAUGGUCUCUUCUUACACUCAUUGUUCGGAGUUUUGGCGUCUACUUUGAUUUAUUGGGUCGACGAAAAUGUAUGUAUUUCAAGGGGUAGGAUAUAUUGGC